AUGACGGAACACGGUGAGACAAAAAGCGUCUUUAUGGAGGCCUGCAGAGUAGGAGUGAGGACGCCUAUGUUCAACCCCGACCUAUGUUCAACUUUGUCGCAGAUGGAACCACAGCAUACCGCUGAAGUCAGAGACAAAAUUGUUACUCCACCAGCCACAGGUAAAUAUGAAAAUUUUAAAUCGGAACUUAUUAAGCGCCUUUCCGCAUCUCAUCGCGAGCGUAAGAUUCAGCAGUUUAUGAUGAACGAGGAGCUCGGAGACCGCAAGCCUUCUCAGUUUCUUCGGCAUCUGCAGCAUCUGGCUGGACCAACUAUGCCUGACAAAUUCAUUCGCACCUUCUGGUCGAGUAGACUUCCUCCUAAUCUGCAAACCAUAGUGGUAUCACAAGCAAACAUGGAGCUCGAAGACUUAGCAGACUUGGCCGAUCGAAUACACGACAUCGUCUCAGCUGGGCAAGUAGCUUGUGCUAGUAGUAGCAUGCCAGCAAGUAUGCAAAUACAGAACGCUGCCUUGGAGCAGUUAUCUAAGGCUUUUACAGAUGCGGUGGCGUGA